AUGACGAACCAGUCGCUUGAAUUGGGCCCGUCGUUUAAUAAAAAAACCACAGAAAAUCUUUUUAAUGUUCUAAGAAAGAUCAAUACCUCAGAUAACUUGUUUGUUUUGACGCAAAAGCUUUCGCAAUGCUUGAACUACCUCACAUCUGUUCUGGAGCUCAAAGCAAAGGGAAAGUUCGAUAGAAUAGUAUGGCUCGAGACUUUGGCUUCUUCAGAAGAUGUACUGCAAUACUUGGCAGGAUAUGGUGGGUUGAUUGUGGUACUUGAAGAUACCAAUGAGUGUUUAAGCCUUUUCAGACAGAUCUGGCCUCACCUUAGUCGCCAGAAGGUCAAGGUGAGCUUGAUCGUCAAGGAUCUCGGGAGAGCUUUUUAUUAUGAAAUAUCCAAGAUCUUGGGAUCGCCUCCAGAUGACCUUUUCAAAAAUGCUACCAAUGUCAACUUGGAACAGAGUGCAAUCAGAAUCAACUCCUACGUUCGUUUAUUGAACUGGCACACAUUCCCCCUUUGCAUUGAGGACUUUGUUCUUUCGCUAAAUAUGGAGGCCGGUGGUCUUCAGCUGUACUUUGAAAACCCAAUUCCUCAAUUAUCGCUUUUAUCGGAUGCUCUUGUUCAAAUUGUUGAUUCUACGAAAGCUAGCGAUACUAUGAAGUUCAAGAAUCUCUUCGCCAAGGGUGACCAUUCCGCUGCCCUCUCAAACAUCCUUAUGAAUGACAAAUUAACAGAAUAUCUUGCCUCAGGGUUCAGUCCUAAUGAAAGAGAUUUCUACACCACUAAACUUCGAGGAAACACUGACUUGGUGGUUUUGGAAAGAAACUUGGACUACUUCCCGCUUUUGCUUGAUCACAUGAACUACCUGGGACUCUUGGACGACUUGUUUGGCACGCUGGACGAAUUAAACAACGUCUUGAAGACUGGUGAUAAGCUCAAUGAUGAACUAUUUGACAAUAUCAAAGACCUUAAUUUCGCAUCCAUUGGCAUGAAGCUUAAUAAGCUCGCGCGUUAUAUCCAACUGGAGCUCGGCAACAAGGAUAAUAUUACUGAGUUGCAAGAAAUUAAGCAGCUUGUUAAGAAUUUAGGAAACUUGACGGCAAAACAGGAGCUAGUCAGAAAGCACACAGCAUUGAGUGAAGCUAUUUUGGAAAAGAUCAAAAAUAAUAGGGAAGGAGAUUAUAAACAUGACAUACGAGAGUGGUGGCUAGAGCUUCAGAAUGAAAUCUUUAAUCUAGACUACAAACGUCAAAUUGCAAAGUUCCACGAAUUGUUGAAUCAGGGUUGUACUUCCUCCGUUGCAUUAAGCUGCGCUGCUUUGGUUUCCUUGAUCAAUGAUGGUAUCAAACCUAAAGAUUUCACAACAAUUGAAGAGCAGAUUCAUUCUUACUUUGGUUUACAGACAGUGUUAGCUUUCAGAAAGAUGCGUGACUUGAAACUUCUCAAAGCCGUCAACAAAAGUACAGACUUUUUCAGUGGCUUCACUUUUGGAAAGUCUGAAAUCGAGACUACAACAACCACUACAUUGUCUGAUUCUGGUGGUAAAGACGACAAGACUGGCUCAACCGACAAAACAUAUGAAGAUGUCAAUUCAUUGGGAAUUACUGGAGGUCAGGAUGUCUACAAAUCGACCUAUACGCUUAUAAGUAAGUUCUGGAACCUCCAUCCGCUAGAGGAAGAGGGUGAUGAACCUAUCAUUGAAACGAUUUCCGACUACCCUAACCCAUCGUUUGUCUUCCCCUCAGCGACUGUUCCCUUGACAGCACGUCUUAUAGAAUCACUCUACUUCCGUGACUUCUUAAAGUACAAGCCAGUCAAUAACGUGCAUCGCAGGCCUAACUGGGAAAAGCUUAAUUUGGAUGCUAUGUUUAGAGGACAGACGAUCGACGAUAAUAUAUGUGAUGAGCUGGACAACCGGAAAAUCGAAGCGUCGAAGAAUUCCAAGCCAGAAUACGUUAUUGCAGUGUUCAUUGGCGGUAUUACGCGGGGAGAGGUAACAGUACUCAGGUACUUGCAAACGAAACUUGCCAGACAAAACAAGACGCUUUUCGUAUUGACAAGCGGGAUUGUCAGUAACCACAAGCUCAUGGAAGUGGCCACAGAAUAG